CUUCUUGUGGAGGACGCGUUGAGAUAAUUUUAUUGAACCUCUAUUUAUUCAGAAUAUGAAGAAUCAAACAGGAUACUGUGAAACAACAGGCAGUGAGCGGUUCAUGAUGACCAACGUUCAAAUGGGUCCCGUGUUCAAGGGUCACGCAGCGCAGAAGGAGCGUCUCCCGCCCGAAGGCGCUGGCUCUUCAGCAGAUGAUUCCCAUGCAGCACCUUGGACAGGGUUCGCGGGCUCCCUCCCGACACCCCUCACUAACUCUCUUCUACGGUCAAAAUGGUCCAAAGAAUCGUUAAACGGUUACCCCCCUGAAUACAACUCCAUCAAGUCCACUGGGACGAAAAGAGAGACGUUAUUCGACACAGGACAUUUGUGCAAAAAGUGCAUCUCUCAUUUCAAUGUCUUCAAAAUGGAAGCGUUAAAACAAGCAAUUGACGGAAAUCUUUAUACCAAAGAUCCCAAAGUUUUCAUUCAUCUUUAUGAGAACAUGAAACCACCUGCUAGUACUGUAGAAGCCUGGGGCAACGUGGACGGACGCUGUGGCGUCUGCUCCACUCACUUUAGCCAGCUGAAGCAGGAGGCUAUCUGCACGAUCCUCACCCAGGACCGGGCCAUAUGGGCUCCACCUACCACUGCCAACAUCCCAUCCACAAGCCUAGACUCAGGCUCACAAACGCUCCCUAGAACCUCAAUCCACCGAUCUGUUCUCUCAGACCCCCAUCAAAGCCCCAUCAAUGCAGCACCGGAUUGCUGGAUUAAAGGACGUCAACAUUUGUCCUCCCAGAGUCCUUUGCAUGCAGGGAAGGUGAAUGAGAAGGAAAAUGUGACCUCUAAGGCACUAUGCAACUACGGCGCCACACAGCCAACGCGUUCUUCCAGUAUGUCCUCUCUGCUACCUGCAGGAACAUCUGCUGCCUUGUCUUUCUUUGUCAGGGCAGCACAGAAGUUGAAUGUAAUGGUUAGAAGAGGAAGGCACUUCUCAGAGAGCAGUGCUUCCCAGCGCAUGACAAACUUCUGUAAUCUUCUGCAGAAAUCUCCUCCUCCAGCACCAGCAAACAUUUUUCACGCUGCUAGUAAGAGCAAAGAAACACCUGGGAUGAGGAAGGUCAAAGUGAUGCUGCGAGUGUGUUCGGUUCCAAUGUCUGACCCGUCUCAGUCCUACUCUUUCAAACUGGACCUGCACAAGAAACAGAUCACAGUGCUGAAUGUACCCACCUUCAACCCUCAGAGACAGACUGCUGGAACUACAGUCUCCUCAAAGACCUUCACCUUUGAUGCUGCCUUUGGCCCUGAUUCAACCCAGGCAGAAGUUUGUGAGAACAGCUUGUGUGAAGUGCUCCAGUCUGUGCUUUUAGGAGCUGAUGGUUGCAUCCUAAGCUUUGGACAAACCAGUGUGGGAAUGUCUUACACAAUGAUUGGCCACGAUGGUUGCACUCAAAGCCUUGGAGUCAUUCCUUGUGCUAUAUCUUGGCUUUUCAAGCUCAUUAACAGGAAGAAAGACAAGACAUGGGCAAACAUCUCAGUUUCCGUGUCAGCUGUAGAGGUCUGUGGGGAAAACAAUGCCAUCAGGGAUUUACUCUCUGAUGUUGACACAGACAACUGCAAGAAGACCCAGCUUUGCAACCACAGUGUACUAAAUGCUCCAACUCCAGAAAGAGCAACUUUCCUACUAGAUGCAGCUCUUGCAUCUCGCAGUGGGAUGGUGGACAGUGGAGGGAGACCACCACAUUGUUGUCACAUGUUCUUCACCCUCCAUGUUCGCCAACAGCACAUAGGAAGCAGCACCAAAUCCGGGAUGAAUGUGGAUCAAAGCAAGCUGAGCCUGAUUGAUUUAGGGAGCUGUGUGGGGGAGAGGGAAGAAAGCAACUGUGGAGUCUGCCUUGCUGAGCUUGGAAACUUUAUCACAGCCAAUCUCAACAGACAUAAUCACAUCCCUAAUAGGGGAAGUAAAUUAGCCAUGCUUUUGCAAGACUCUCUGAGCAAUGUCAACUGCUCCACCACAAUUAUUGCCCAUAUAUCCACCUUGUCUGAAGACCUUACAGAAAGCCUUUGUACGAUGCAGACGGUGACUCGAAUGCGAAGUCAGAAAAAGAAGAUAAGGAAAUCUUCCUCAAGCUCGCCUGGAGGAAGAAGCUUAGGCAACGAGAGGAAAUUUAAUCAUUCCACUAAGCUAAGAUUCCAAUCUACAGGGACACUGGAUCAAGAUCUCUCCUCUCCUGGUUUCUCUAGUGAUCCAGCAUUUUACCCUGGGAGUGAUACGUCUUGUGAUACCAUUAUCUCUGUGGAUCCUUCUGGCCUCCUAGAUAAAGAAGUUACAAAUAGAAGCAGAGAGGUUUUGCCUAUUAUUCCAUCUUUACUCAAGAGCAAAUUGGAGUCCAAGAAGCUCUCGCUGAUGAAGUUUUGUGAAAUCUCUCCACCAAUUGCCAAUCGCAUGAAGCAGAUAUCAAAAGAAAAGGCUAAAGAAGAGUCAACACCUACAAUAUUGCAAGAUAAAUCAGAUUUUGAGUGUCUGAAGUGCAACACAUUUGCAGAACUCCAGAAUCGACUGGGAAACAUAGACGGAACAGAAUCGGAUCUAUGCAAAGAUCAGGAAGUGAACGCUAUGAGCAAAUCACCUCACUUAAGCCAAACCGAGAAGCUGUCCAAUUCAAUGGACAUUCAAGCAUCAAACAACAGAGAAUCCAAUAGUACCAGACAAGGAAACACCUCAAAAACAUUUGCGAUAAUUCACAACAGUGAAGAAACUCCAAGUACCGCCAAUUCUCAGAUUAUUCAGAAAUGUCUGCCACAGUUAGAUGUCGUCAAACCGAUUGAUCCCAUGCUGUCUAGCCAAUCUCCUAGCAAAUCUAAGCUUCAUAAUAAAAUAAUGAAUGUGAUGCCCACUGCACGAUCUUUGAAAUUGGAAGACCAAGGUAAAAUGAGAAUAUUGGAUGAUUCUACAAUGCAAUCUGAGACACGAAUUUCUCCCAUCGGCAAGAGUUCUCCGAGAUCUACCUCAUCCUCUUCUUUUUCAUCAUCCCUAUCUUCUAGUUUGAGCUCCCCACCGGCUGUUUCUGCCUCUUUGAAUGAAGACAUUCCACAUUGUACAGGAAAAAAACAGAGAGAGAUGAGGGCCACUAUCACUGUGACUGUUCAGAAGCCGCUGGAUCUUAAUGGACAUGAUGAGCUUGUCUAUACCGUGGUUGAGGAGGUAACAAUAAAUGGGGCCACUGAGCAAGGAAAGGCACAAAUAUUAAGUAUUCAUGAGUCGCACUCUCUCCAGGCUUUAACACCAGGAAGUCAGUCUGUCAGGAUUAUCGGCAGCAUAGGUGAAGAACAAAUAGCGAGUUUUUAUAGUUCCGACUCUAAUACACAAAUUUCAGAGAAUGAAGUCUCCACGGCCUCAUCAGAUGCAGCUGUAAAACACACAAAAAUCAAUGCACAUAUUGACAAGGCAAGCGACUUCAUUGAUUCGAAAAACCUGCCGCAACAUGAUACUUGGUCUGAGGUGCCCCUGACUGAAGAUGUGAAGGAGAUACGUAAAGGAGCCUUUGUUAAACUUGACCCUCCCUGUGAGGUCUCCAAGUCUAGAAAAUAUGCUUGUGAAAUUAAACCUGAGCAGAGCUGGAUAUGCCAAAACAACAAGAGAGACGUCAAGGAUGUCCCUCACAUGAAAACAGAACAAAAGAACCCACAUAGUCCAAGAGAAACUUACGAGAAGAAACAGUAUACCAAGAAAGACAGUCUUGUGGAAUGGACCAAAGACAAUAUGCCAUCAACGUCAACAAAUAGUCCCAAUCUCAAGAGAAAAGAGACAAAAGAAGAAUCUGGAAUAGCCGGAAGUGCAAUGCUAUACCUGGCUACUGAAACUAAGACCAACACUAAAUCUCAUUUUGAGGAGAGCAGCAAGUUGUUUAAUGCAAAACGGAGAGCAUUAUCCGGUAGGAGCCAAACUUGGGAUCAUAGUAAGAGCGGGCGCUUAACAGGAAGCUUGGAAGGUAAUUCUAGCUCAAGACUUAAAAGCAAGUUCCUCGAAGAGACUGCUUUCAUCGAUAUGGCUCCGAAAGGCCUUUUAGAUGAAGAUUACAUUUCAGCUCAACCCAGCCCUCUAGGUUUUAAAGAAGACUUUGAGGACUUUGUAAGGUGUCGAGCUAGUCAGAGUCUCGGGAGGGUUCCACGGUUCUUCCCAAUGCAUGAUGCCAAUGAUGCAACCCGACCAUCUAAAAACGGUCACUCUAAGAGCACAUCUGUUAAUAAAUUCAUGCCCAGUUCAAAGAUCCACAAGAUGCCAAUCUUGUCCCCCAAACCCACUAGACACUCAAUCAACAGGAGCUCAAGCUUUUCUCCUAACGGAGCACCUGUCAGCCAAAGCUCCUGGUCAACACUCUCCCUAUCCCGAAGUCAAGACAACAGUGGUUUGAAGUCACCCGGUGCAGUCCGGAAAGGAAGAGCUGAGCUUUUAAGAAGCAGUAGAGACACGCUUUCUGCUUUUAGUCAAGGUGGGUCUGAUUUAGAUGAAUGUGAGGAACUGGGGACGAUGAAACCUUUCGUUCACACAUUGCCGUCCCCAUAUAGCCGGAUCACAGCUCCACGGACACCACACCAUUGCAGCGGCCAUGCCAGUGAUACCACCAGUGUUCUCAGUGGAGAGCUGCCUCCUGCCAUGUGUAAAACGGCUUUACUCUAUAACAGGAGCAGUAUGGUCAGUAGCGGCUAUGAAAGCAUGCUUAGAGACAGUGAAGCUACAAUCAGCAGCAGUUCAACGCACAACUCCAUCAGCGAUCAGAGCUGCUCGCUUGGUGCUGCUAAAGGCAUGAGAAGUACAAAGAAAAGAACCAACAUAGGGUCCAGUCUAAGACGUCCAUCCCAAGACAACCUCCUGUCGCUGAAGAGAUCUGUCAGUGGGCCCAAAACGCACCGGGUGGAUCGGGGUGGUUCCGACUCUUAUGAAAUUAAAGUCUAUGAGAUUGAUAAUGUAGAUGGCGUACAGAAGAGAGGUGGGGCAGGGAACAAGGGUAUAGUCCUCUUUAGUGCAAAGCUGAAAUUCCUGGAGCAUCGACAGCAGAGAAUAGCAGAGGUGAGGCUCAAGUAUAAUGCUCUCAGGCGAGAGUUGGAACAUGCCAAGCAUCAUCUGAUGUUGGACCCUGGAAAAUGGACCCGUGAAUUUGACUUAUGGCAAACGUUUGAGGUAGACUCCCUGGAGCACUUAGAGGCUUUGGAGCAAGUCACUCAACGGCUAGAGCGUCAUGUUAAUCUCUGUAAAGCGCAUGUCUUGAUGGUCACCAGCUUUGGCGUUACACCCAAGUGCAGACAAAAGUUGCGGCAUCGGCCGACGGUAGAUCAUGCAGCGUUCGUUGGAAUAUAG